GGCACGCAACCAAAAGUUUUUCGGACGUCGCUCGGCUUCACACGGCCUCCCACCUAGGCGCCAGGGUGAUGGCGGCCAAAAGGAACUUGACAUCUACCCAUACGCGCUUUGGUUUGUUGGAUACCAAGCCUUGAAUGUACCAGUUGGCAGGAGGGAGUUUGGAGCGAUGAAAGUCCAACCGGACGUGGCCAGGGCUGGACAGGAGGGUACAGUAGAUUAAAUCGGCUUGGGUGGGGGCUGCCAGGGGUUUCAACAAGCCCUGCGGUGUGUGCUGUGGGAGCGCAGCAGAAAGCCAAUCAACGCGUCGAGUUGUCGAGAAUUUGGGCGCAUGAAGUCUGGUUUGGAUCCCGAGCGCGACAACACCAGCUCCCGUCGCCAACGUCCACAACCCACGUCGAAUUCUGCUGAUAUCAUUAUCGCUUCCGCUUACUGGCCAGCUCGUUGCGGAAAUCACCCGCCGCCCACGAUGGCGUGCCGAGACCAGCUCGACGCCGAAAAGCUGGCGCUUGUCUUCCAAGCCCGCCCCGAUAUCGUCGAGGGCAUACAAGCCGCCGCGGACACCCUCACAACGGCGGCGCUGUUCAACACCAUUGCCAGCUUCGUCCUCGACCGCCUGUCUGAUGCGGCCGACUCGGGAGAGCCCGCCUCCAAGCGCCGUCGUGUCAACGGCAUCGACGACCACACCAACGGAACCGUCCCCAUCCCUGACCAGAAGGCGCCCAACGGAGCAGCAACUAAGGCUUCCGCCCCGGUGGGCGACGCCGCUGCCGACGUCGCCGCUUUGGCCGAGGCCGCUACCGAGGAGGAGCUCCAGCUUGAAAUUAAGGAAAUAUCUAUCGUGGUGCCACAGCGCAAGAAGAUGAAUCUUUGCUUCACCAAAAGCUACCUCUACGCCCGCACAAAGGACGACACGAACCCAGUCGCUGGCCUUGUCUACCGCUGGGCCGACAUAGAGCACGCCUUCUACGUCCCCAUCCCCGAAAAGGCUCAGCAGCAGUGGAACUACAUCCUGUUCCCCCGCGGCUCCUACCUCCCGUCCUCGACCUCCCCGUCUCCCGAGCCCCUCGUCUUCACCGUCCCCGCCACGGCGCCCAAGGCCGGCAGCGUCUCGGGCCGGCUCGCGGGGCAAGCCCAGGUCGUGUCCGACAGCCACUCGUCGCUGUUCCACUGGGCCGUGGCCGAGUUCCUGCGCAUCGCGCACAAGUACCACUCGCCGUCGCCCGACACCACGUCGCCCGUGCCGCUCGUGUGCGCCGACGCCAAGGUCUUCGCCAGCGCCGUGCGCCAGUCGCACCGGCCCGCCGAGAAGGCCGUGCACGUGCGCGCCUUCCGCGGCUCCAAGGAGGGCUACCUCUUCUUCCUGCCCACGGGCGUGCUGUGGGGCUUCAAGAAGCCGCUGCUGUUCCUGCCUCUCGACCGCGUCGUCGCCCUCAGCUACACGAGCGUGCUGCAGCGCACCUUCAACAUCGUCGUCGAGGUCGACCUGGGCGACAGCGCGACCGACGAGCUCGAGUUCUCCAUGCUGGACCAGGAGGACUACGCAGGCAUCAGCCAGAACUACGUCGCCAAGCACCGCCUGCAGGACCGCAGCAUGGCCGAGCAGCGCAAGGCCAAGCGGGAGCUGGCCGAGAACGCCAAGAAGGGCAGCGCCGCUGGUGGCGCGAUGGCGGCCGCGGGUGGUGAGGGCGACGACGGGGAGGGCGGCGGCGGCGCGCCCGGCGAGGAUGACGGCCUGACGGAGCUGGAGCGGGCCGAGAAGGAGGCCGAGCAGCUGCUGCAGGAUGAAGAGGACGAGGACGAGGAGGACUACGACCCCGGAAGCGACGGCGACAGCGAGGGCGAGGGGUCCUCGAGCGACGAGGACGGCAGUGGCGGGGACGGCGAGGGCGACGACGACGACGACGACGAUGACGACGAUGAUGAGGAGCUCCCCGACGCCGACGAGUAGCUGUACGACUAGCACCAUCCAUUUCGGUAUAUCUCGCCACGCAGCUGGUGGCAUUUGAACUUUGUACUCUAGGCGACUCUUUAAAGGCAGCAUAUGCACGGGGCACAUGGACGCAAACAAUGUCGAUCGAUAAUGAUAACUUUUCUUUGGCUGUG